CAAAGAAAGAGUCACUAAAUAGGAGGUUCUUCUGCUAGGAGGCUGACUUGACCUUUAGAACAUGUACAACUCAGAGCAUCAAGAUUUUGACAUGGCCAUUCCGGUCUCAAGAAUUGAAAACAAUACUAUACAUUUUUGUAUGGGCUUACCAAGCUUAGGAGACUGCCUGGUUUUGAAACUAAUUCAGUCACUUUUUACAGUGUAGUCUCCAGCCCACGUGAGCCAGCUUAAUGUACAAUUGGUUUUUAAACCCCAUAUAAACACCAAAAUAAUUUGAGGAUGGAUGGAUAAGGUUGUAAAUGUUGUAACAUGAACAACUGUUCAUCGGCAGGUUUUAGCUAAUUAAGUUGGAAGUCCUACCCAGUGGACUACAAUGGCAAUGGAAAAUGUUUCCCUUCUGUUAUGUCCUUUUCCCAUUUGAAAAAUGGAAACAAAAUUUGAACCAUUUACCUACAAGUGGUCUAAGCCUAGCGCAGAAACGGAAACAAAAGAGACAGAUUAAAAUGGUUUGUUUAUUUGAUAAAUUAAAAAAAGAAAAGUAAAUGGCAAAUAGGCCCCAAUUCAAUGACCGCUCCAUACCGCUUUCCAUGCGCCUUGGCCUGAUCUUGCCUUCCGUCUACGCACAAGCAUGGAGGCCUUCAAAGUAGCGAUAGGUUUGGUGAAUAAACACUGUAGAGUGUCCGUUUUAUUGGUCUUCCGAAUCUGAACAGAAGGCGAAGGAGUCGCCAUGCUCGAGGAUGCAUGAUGCCUUUCGUUCAGGACAGCCUUCUGUGAGAUGGUGCUUGUGGUCCUCCGCUUUUCUCGAAGACCUGCCGAGGGAGUAGUUAGACGCGGUAUGGGAGAGCAGUAGUCCGUCUCUUUUCCCAAAUCAAGGGAAGACCCUGAGGUCUUUCUAUUCUUGUGAAAAAGCGAUUCCCUUCUUCGCGUGCAUGGACUCUGGGCGAGUGCACGGAAGCCGUAUGAGGUGGUAAUUUUGUCAAUAUGGGACAGAGACAUUGCCGCUCGGGUGGAUGGGUCAGAUAGGUCCUCUCUCUGGGAGAUAGUUUGGUGAAGCUUGAACCUCGUAACCGGAGUCGAUGGCAGCCUAAGGAACGAAGAUGGAGAUGGGGAUUCUGGAGUAUAUGGGGCCUCUGGAGUAGAUUGUCCGCGCUGGUUGGGGCUACAUGAGGCCAGUAAUUUUGACCUAUCCGUUUCAGAAACUUGCAGUGUAUGUGGAGAUCUUUGCUUCGAUGGAAUUGUAAAGAUUGGAACCCUUUCCGGAGUCAGAACAAUUGUCCGCAUAGACAUACUUGCCUUUGAUACAUACAUCGUUUAAUGCACGCAAAAUCCAACUUGCGUGUUGUUACCUGUGGGAAACGUUUUAUACCCUUAAAAAACACCUGGUGAAUUCAAUUAGCCCAUGUCUCGUUCUAAUUAACUCAUGUUCUGUCGGUGGAAGUCUGCAAAACAUAGUCCAGUGUGGUACUACACGAUGAGUCUGGUCCGCAAACGCAAGACCAGCUCUCAAAAAGGCUGUCCAGCCAAAUCGGUUAGGGGAGGGAAAUUGGAGUGUGCUGGAUCUCCACCGUUCUACAGUGCAUCAUCACCACUCGCAACAGAGUCCAGCACCCCCACUUCCCAGGAGGAAAAAGGUCUGGAGGUCCAUGGGACAUCAUCCUGGAGACGGUCUCCAAGGUUCAAAGGUCAAGGACUGCUUGGCUGGGUUCCCAACUCAGAACUUCUUGUUGCUGAGGGAUCUCCAGGUAAGGCAGAGAAUGAACGGAAGGCUGCCCAGUGCUGUAACCAGCUCUCCCCUCAAACAGAUGACGAUACUGAGGCAGACCUGGUCAUCACAAUGGACGACCAUCAGGGCAGGGGACGCAAGGGCAGUCGGAAAAAAGGAGGGGCGAAGAGGAAGAAGAGAUCAGCAGAGGAACAGAUGGGAGCUGGACAACAGGAAGGGACGCUUCCAGAGGUGGAAAUCGAUAGGGAGCUGGACCGUGAGCUGGAGAACAAGUCCCGGCAGCACAACCUGACCACGACCAACGUCCGCAACAUCAUUCAUGAAGUGAUUACCAAUGAGCACGUGGUGGCUAUGAUGAAAGCCGCCAUGAACGAGACCGAGGCCGUGCCUGUCUUUGAGCCCAAGAUGACACGUUCUAAAUUCAAGGAGGUGGUAGAGAAAGGAGUGAUCAUUCCCACGUGGAACAUUUCCCCCAUCAAAAAAGUAAAUAAAGAGAAGGCUCAGCAGUUUGUGGACAUUCAACUAGCGGAGGAAGACUCCUCAGAUGAAGAGUACUGCCCCAAUGAAGAGGAAGACGACGAGACAGCGGAAGACACGUUUCAGGAGAGUGACAUGGAGAGCACCGCCUCAUCUCCAAGGGGCAGCAAAGGGGCCUUCCCCAGGGGGAUACACCCGGAGUGGGACGACGACAGGAGCUGCAGCCCUAUGCAGGUGAAUCGCAGCCGGUCCAGACACCUGAGGGUGGAGGCGAUGCCCAUGGGCCCCCCGCCGCCUCCCAAGCCCUCCCCUGGCUCCCAGGGAUCCGCCACUGGCCGUGCCCCCCCAGACUGCAGCUUCCUGGAGAAGCUACAUGCCGUGGAGGAGGAGCUGGCCAUCGGCCCCGCCUGCCUGGAGCCCUACCAGCCUCCCCUGGCUGACGGUCUGAUGGCGUGUCGUACCCGCUCCAAGAGGCCCCUUCGGGAUAUCCCCAUGGGCCUGCUGGAGGCGGAGCUCCGUGCCCCUGAUAUCACCCCUGACAUGUAUGAGUGUGGCUCUGCCCCCGAGGACCGCGAGUGGACUCAUUGGCUGCAGGGCAUUAUGACCUCUGACAUGGACAACGAUGAAGAAGCUGAUGAUGAUGACGAUGAUGACCCGGAGUAUAACUUCUUGGCGGAGAUUGACGAACCCGACGUGGAGGAUUACCGUAACGACCGAGCCGUCCGCAUCACUAAGAAGGAAGUGAAUCAGUUAAUGGAGGAGUUGUUUGAGACGUUCCAAGAUGAUCUCCCUGUUCUGGAGCUAGAGGAGGAGGGACAAGAGGAAGAGGAGAGAGAGGAAGAUGCUCCUGCCUUGGGAACCCCGACGGACAAAACUCCACCAGCUAUCCAGUUGGAGGACACCAUGGAGGAGGAGGAAGAGGGAGAUGGGCUUUACAGAACGGUGAAGGAGGAGUUGGCUGCCAUUCGGCGUCGCAGGGCUCUGCUAGAGAGCCAGGGCCGCUUGCCGCCGAGGCGCGACCCCAAGCCAAAACCACCCUUCACCCCCACCAUCUCCCACUGCCAAAGACUCCAGCUGCAGCAGCAGAUCCAGCAGCACGUCCAGCUUCUGACGCAGUUCCACAUGUUGACAAGCCCAGUGGCUUCAAUGCAGAACGAAGCUGUCACAACCAAGCAGUUCCUGAUGGAGUUACAGAUGUUUGCCGAGCGUGGGGAGUUGAGCCAAUGCCCUCUCCAUCCAGGCUUCGCCAGUGUAUUUAGAGCCUGUAACCUGCAGGGGGCACUGUCACUCCUAGAGGAGCUCAGACUGUCCCCAAUCCCUUACGAAGCGGAGCCUAACGAGCCACGGAGAAGCAGGAAUAUCCGCAAGUACCCGGCGAUGCCCGCCGAGCUGGCUUGGCUGUUCGCAACGCGGCCCAUGUUCCUGUACCCCGAGCUGCUGCCCCUGGUCAGCCUGGACCCGGCCCUGCACUCCGUCCGCUCCGCCAGCGUGUUCACCCCUGGAGAGGACUGCUUGUUGGUCCUUGGCCUAAGGAACCUGCAGGAUACCCUCCAGCCCAGACCCUUGCUGUGUCAGUACCUUCUCCGGCCCAAGAGGGUCACUCAGAUCACUGACCACCUCUUUGAGAUGUGUAAACCCAUCCAUCCCAACAACGUCAUCAAGGACUAUCAGUUCCACAAAGUGAUCCGGCCCAUGCCCCUGGCCUGUGGCAGUGUGAGGCCGGGUGACCUGCGCCCCCCAGUGGAGAGGGACGAGAGAGCCAUGCCUGAAUGGCUGAGGAGAAGUUUGCCAUUAAUCUACGUGGCAGUCAAAGAACACAACCUCCCGCCCGGUGUAGAAGACCGUGCCACCCUUCUGUAUUAUUUCACCAGAACCAUGUCGGACUACAGCUUCCCAGCCGGGACUCGCUACCCGUCCCGACUUCCCAUCAACCUUUCAUUCCAGCGCUGCGGCUUCAGGCGCCGGUACCUUCGACAGCCCUGUGACCUCUCGCUGUCCCUGGAAGUGUCCCAUAGCACCGUCCACACUCCGGGGGGUGAAACGACAAGCUCGGAUAAUGACUCCCAUGCGUGCGCUGUGAUCCAGCAGCACAUGGCCCACCACACACCGGUGCCGGUCCAGCCCGUGACAUCCACACCGCCGCCUCCCCCUGCUCCUCCCCUGCAGGUCAUCCUCGCUUUGCCCUCCGUAGCCGUCGUUUGUCCGGUCUCUUCGGCCUCCCUGUCGCCACUUUCUGCUCUGCAGGCCAAAGACCUGGUCGCUCAGCAGUUGAGCACGUUGGUCAACCUCCGGAGGCUCCCCAGGCUGCCGACCGCUCCGCCCCAGACCACUUCCACAACCGGUCUGAAUGCCGUGGCCCCCGGCUUGAGUUGCGCCUCUGCCGGUACCGUAACCCCAACCUCCGUAGUGGAGGAAAAGGAGCUGUUGAGGGAGGAGAACGAGGACCGUGGCGAGGAGCAAGACUUGGACGUAGGGGAUAUUGGGAUGCCCGUCCUGGCCCUGUCGGAGUCCUCAGCCAGCCCCUGGGGGAGUGUUGACCCCACGGAGUGGUCAGACGAGAGGCAGGAGACGACGGCGUCCCUAUCGCCCAGGCCGUCUGACGCGGGGGAUGAAGAGGGAGACGAGGAGAGGGGAGAUGUGGAGGUUGGGCACGUGAGAUCUCCAGCCUCCGAGGAGUCCACGUUGUCUGUGCCAGAGCUGCAGGAAACGAUGGAGAACGUGUCAUGGGUGGCUUCAGGGGAGAGGUCCGACGUGUUAGAACAGGGGGAACAACUGGGGACAUCUCCAGGAUGCUGUAGCAGCACCCUCACCCCUUCCAGCUCAAGGCACGAGCAGCAUCCCAUUGGAGAGACCUGCAGCGAGGGCAUGCCCAAAAGCCCAUUGAUCCUCCAUGACCACGAUGACCUGCUUGACCACGACCCCUUGAAAGAAAAGGAAAUGGCCUUUGCUCAGGAUUAUCUCAACAGGGUGUGCAACGCUCUGCAGGAGGUGCCAGGGAGAGUGCAGGAGUUUCUCAAGGUCUUCUAUGAGUUUGAGCGGGAUAGAGACAAGCGCAGCUCGGUAGGACUCUUCAUGAGGCUGAAGCCUGUUCUGAGCGAGUGGCCGGAGCUGCUCCGAGACUUUGCUGCCUUCCUCCAUUCUGAACAAGCCCAGGAGUGUGGACUGCUCCCAGAGCAGCAGGCAUUUGAGCGAAGCCGGCGCUUCCUGCGACAACUUGAGCUGAGCUUUGGAGAGAACUCCUCCCACUACCAGAAGAUCGUGAGCAUCCUUCAGGGAGGGUCCACUGUCAGUCCUGACAGCAUCAGACAGAUAAAAGCUCAGAUAGCCACCCUUCUCCAAGGCCACACCCACCUUCAGGGGGAAUUCUGGGUGUUUUUUAACGAGCUGCACCCCCAGCCCCCACCGCAGUGUCAGACGAAAACCAGAGGCUGUGGUGUGGUCUCCAAAACAAACUCCACUUCCCAGAAGUCAUCGGCAGCAAGUAAGCCUAAGAGAUUGACAGGUCCUGGAACCCCAAAAGCCAAACCAUUAAGGAGUGAUGAAAGGGAGGAGGAUAAAGAGGAUUGCCCCCGGGUCACAGAACGCCCAGUCUGUGCAAAAAACAUCUCUCUCACACCCAGCGGAGAGAAAGUCAUCCUCUGGACAAGGGAGGCAGACCGUGCCAUCUUGACUGCCUGCAAGCUGAAGGGAGCCAAUAAAUGCACCUUUCAGGAAGUCUCCGCCCAGCUUGGCAACAAAACAACAGAGGAGGUUUGUGUUCGUUUUCAGGAGCUUGUGCGCCUGUUCCGCUCCUCCAUGCAGCAGGCAUGCUCUGACAAGGACGUCAGUGACUCUGUGCAGCCAACCAGCAGCAGAGAACCAGACCCGGACUGAACAGGAGUAAUUAAAGGCUGUCAGAGUGCCCUGAGAGCAAUUCAAGCCACAGAAAGUAUCACUGGACCAAUGUCUGAAUAUUGUUGGGACUCAGACUAAACACUACUGAGAAAUGCAAAACCUUGACUACCUUUGAGGACGCUGUGUCCACUUUGAAGAUUAUGUAUAUGCUGGUGUGGGUAGGAAAACAUAAGUACAGGGUCUAGUUCAAGGAUUCGAAAAAUUUGCAGGCCAUAUGAGAUUACUGGUUUUAUUAACCUUGAACCAACUGUACAGUGAGCCAUGAUGUUUUGUAAUUUAUCUACAGGUCUUACAUGUUGAGCGUGUGGACAAUUGUAUGUUUGAAUAAAAUAUGCACACUUGA